AUGACCAACAUCGCGUUCAUGGGCACGCUCGUCUGCUCCGGAAGGGGAAGUACCGGUUUGGAGCAAUGCCGAUUGAGCUACACUCGCCAAGGGGAGAUCCCGUUCUCGCACGACAACAAAUGGAUGUCCGUGCAAUGCGUCAAUCAGCAGGGCUGGCACCUAGAUAGCGAAGACAACUACCGCGUGAAUGAAUCCUCAUCACCGAGGCUUCAACAGAAUUUGAAA